CAAACGCUUCAUUCAACUGAUUGAUUACCAAUCAACGAUCCAAACAUUGGGGUAGACAAUCUUCCGCUGCUGCUUUUUACGAUGACAAGAUGGGAUAGCAAUCGACGUCAAGUGUCAUCGACGCUUUUGCUGUACUGCGCGGUAUCGUGUGAGGCAUUUUCCGGGUCGUUCUACACGCACACGCAGCCGUCCGCACCGACACGGCCAUCCUUUGUCGGAACGAGGAGUGCCGGUACACGUUUGUUUGCCAAGAAGAAGAAGUCUCCGGCAGCAAUGGCUCUGGAAAAGCUGGACAAUCUCUCCUUUUUGGACGAGGAAGUACCCUUGUCCAAAAAAGAACAAUUGCAACUGGAAAAGAAGCAACAGAAAUUGGUGAAACAGCAGCAGGAACUGCAAGCCAUCGACGCUGUGGAAGACGAAUCUUCUGCUAAAAUCAAGACGCCGGUUGAAAAGCACGCCGCACAAGGCGAUAGUGUGGAGUUUCAGCCGUCACAACCAAAGAAAUUGAGUAAAAAGGAAGAAAUGUUACAAAAGGCGCUCGAGUUAGAAGCUGCCGAUGAAGCCAGUGCGAACGCUAUUUCUUCGGAUUUUGACGAACCUCAGCUAUCAAAAAAAGAACUCAAGGCCUUACUGAAAAAGGAAGAGAAAAUGGCGGCCAAACUUGAGAAGAAAAUGGCCAAGAAACAGCAAGUCGUAGACAAUGACGAGCGUGACGAGAGUCUGACUGCAACAGAUGCAACGGUCGACGAUGAAAUUUCGGUAAACAUGGAUGUAAACGAAGUCUUCAAUGGUGAAGAGACAGAUGAGGAAGCCCCGAAAAUUAGGUUGAGUUUGGAGGACAAGAUUCGCAAAGAACGACCGCCGCCAAGAAUUCGUGUCAUGGAAAGCUCACAGCCUGGUUACCAGUCUCUCCGCCUCGAAGAUAUCGGAAUUACCUUUCGCAACCAAGAAGUCUUGAAAGACGUGACUUGGGGUGUGCAAACUGGGGAUCGAAUUGGACUGGUCGGGGCGAAUGGUGCUGGGAAAACGACACAGCUACGCAUUUUGGCUGGCGAACUAGAACCUACGACCGGGGACGUCGUCAAGUCGAGCAAGGAUUUGCGAGUCGCCAUGCUCCGACAAGAAUUUAUCGAUGAGCUGGUUCCGGAACGCACCUUGCGAGAAGAGUUUCUGAGCAUUUUUGGAGUAGAAAAUCAAAUUCUGGAGGAUCUCAAGAGUUCGGAACAGGAACUCGAGAGCACCCCGCCGGAAAAUUCCGAAAAAAUGCAAGAAAUUCUGGAUCGUAUGCAGGAACUCCAAAAUAAGGCAGAAAACAAGGCUGUUUAUGCGCUGGAGUCUCGUGUGCAGAAAGUUAUGGACUUGAUGGGUUUCACGGAUGAUGAAACGGAAGAUCUGGUUGCUAGCUUUUCUGGUGGCUGGAAAAUGCGCAUUGGACUCGGCAAAGUUUUGCUUAAAGAUCCAAAUAUCUUACUGCUUGAUGAACCUACCAAUCAUUUAGAUCUGGAUAGUGUGGAAUGGUUGGAAUCGUUCCUGCGUCAGCAAAAUAUUCCCAUGGUGAUUGUAAGCCACGAUCGCGAGUUUUUGGAUCAAGUCUGCACCAAAAUCGUCGACGCUGAAGGUGGUAUCUGUACCGAGUAUGAGGGCAACUACUCGCGAUUCCUGCAGCUGAAGAAAGCCCGUAUGGACGCCUGGCAGGCGGCGUACGAUGCUCAGGAAAAGAAAAUCAAAGAAGAGCGCAAGUGGAUUCAAAAAUUCAAAGUAAAACAACCGCAGGCUGUAAAGCAGCGCCAAGCCAAGCUUGAAAAACAAAUCAAGAGUGACGACUAUGUCAAGAAGCCUCCAUUUGUCGGCAAACCUUUCCGGUUUCGUUUUCCGGACGCACCUCGUCUAAGUCCAGAGGUAGCCAAUGUCAAACAUUUGUCUCACGCAUAUCGUAACGAACAAGCUCAGAAUCGUUUGUUUGAAGAUUGUGAGCUCUUUAUUGAGAAGGGCGAUCGGAUCGCUGUACUCGGGCCCAAUGGUUCGGGCAAGUCGACACUUUUGCGAUUGUUGGUUGGUCGAGAGAAGCCCGACGAUGGGAGUGCCGAAAUCAUAGGACAAAAUGUGAUAAUGAACUAUUUUGAACAGAAUCAAGCGGACGCACUUGAUCUCGACAAAACUGUGUUGGAGACAAUACAAGGCAACAGCAGUGGUCAGUCCUACAACGAACUCCGAGCGCUACUAGGACAAUUUCUGUUCAAGGGAGAUGCAGUCGACAAGAAGAUUGAAUUCUUGAGUGGAGGAGAAAAGGCACGGCUUUCUUUAUGUUGUAUGAUGCUUCGACCGGCCAACUUGUUGAUUUUGGACGAACCGACCAAUCAUUUGGAUAUUCCGGCGAAAGAGAUGCUUGAGGAAGCUCUGCAACACUUUAUGGGUUCAAUCAUGGUUGUAUCCCACGAUCGUUACUUUAUUUCCAAGGUCGCUACUUCCAUUGUAGCGAUUGAAGAUCGCAAGCUGGCCAAGUAUCAGGGCGAUUACAAGUUUUACAUGGAGAAGAGCACGCACAUCAAGGAAAAAGUGGAAGCCCGGUACGUCAGUGGUGUAGAUCGUAUCGAAUCGGCACCCAUUAUUGAUCUGGAAGAAAUCGUCAAGCCGAAAAAGAAUUUUGGUGGAGCCAAAACAGCCGGCUUGGUAACGAGAAAAGACAAGGGUAUCAAGAAUGCUAAGCGAAUGAAAACUUAAACUGCACUAAUAGAAUCCCAACCAUUGCUGUGGAUGAAAGUAUGGACUUGGCUAUGAUUAGUUGAAAGACUCGAAAAGAGAGUUUUUGCAGCAGCUUCUAAGGGUUGAUUGAAGUAGGUUUUGUGGGUUCGAUGCUUGUCGAUUGUUUCCAGUUAUACUUACGCACGAACAGGCAAGCGUUCGAGCGCGACUUUACUGUCCCAUCCAUGCGGUUGUUCGAAAGUUUUCUCCCGGGAAAGUCACCUUGCCUGCUUCCAGUUCGGCCUCGAUACGCAAGAGUUGAUUGUAUUUGGCCAAACGUUCCGAUCGGCAGGGCGCGCCCGUCUUGAUCUGUCCCGUGCACAAUCCGACGGCUAAAUCAGCAAUGUAGGUAUCUUCGGUUUCGCCGGAACGGUGAGACGUCAUAACACCCCAACCUGCUUUUUUCGCCUUGGUCACGGCAGCGAUGGAUUCGGAAAUGGAACCGAUUUGGUUUACCUUGAGCAACAAGCACGUGCAGGCCUUUUCGUCAAUGGCACGUUCAAUCUUUUCAAUGUUAGUGACGGUCAAAUCGUCACCAACCACUUGGAAGGUGGCACCAUUCUUGGUUGUAAAUUUGGACCAGUUCUCCCAGUCGUCUUCGUCAAAGGGGUCUUCGAUGGUGACGAUGGGAAAGUCGGCUGCCAGCGACUGGUAUAAAUUACCGAGUUCUUCUCCAGAUACAAUGUCACCAUCGUACUUGAAGUCCAAAUCGUAUUCAUCUUUGCCCUUGACUUUAAACUCGCUCGCGGCAACAUCGAGACCAAUCUUGCAUUUACCAUCGUAUCCGGCCUUGGAAAUUGCUUCCAUGAUGAGUUCACAGCCUUCGCGGUUGUCACAUGGCGGAGCGAAUCCACCUUCGUCGCCAAUCAGAGUCGCGUCGCCACCAAACUUGGCCUUGAUGAUUUUCCCCAAGGUAUGGUACACUUCGCAACCAAUCUGCAUGGCUUCGGCAAAUGAUUUGGCACCCGUCGGGAUAACGAAAUAUUCCUGAAAGGCGAGUUUGUUCCCCGCAUGGGAGCCUCCAUUAAUAACGUUGAAGCAGGGGACGGGCAUAGUGUAGGUGUCCAGAUUGUUGCCGGCUAGAUCGGCAAAAUGCCGAUAAAGGGGGACUUUCUUCGCGGCGGCUCCGGCUUUGGCAACGGCAAGGCUGACCCCCAAAAUGGCGUUGGCCCCGAGGUUGGCCUUGUUGGGUGUUCCGUCAAGUUCCAGCAUGACGUCGUCGACGGAUCCCUGUCCGACCGGAUCCAUACCCAUGACGGCUGGUCCGAGUAUGUCGUUGACGUUCUGUACGGCCUGGAGGACACCCUUGCCCAUGUAGCGGUCGCCGCCAUCGCGCAGCUCGACAGCUUCGUAGGCACCGGUGGAAGCCCCGGACGGUACCGACGCGCGGAAGACUCCGUCGGCGGUCGUCACUUCGACCUCCACGGUAGGAUUGCCGCGGGAAUCCAAAAUCUCACGGGCGAGAACGCCCGUGAUGCCGGACAUGGCGAGUGUAGUGACGGAGGACGAAGCCGAACCCCGCGUGGUACUUGUCAAAGAAGUCGUCGUCGACCGUGGAGCAAAGGCUAGCGUGGUGCCUGUAAAGUAGACAAACGUGGUGAGUGAGAACAGUGUCUGUAGGGCAAGCCGUCGUUCCGAUAGACAAGAAGAUGUCGUUUGAUUCGAUGAGAAUAACCACCGUUCGGAUCGUUGGUGCUAUCCGAUCCACAUGGAACGACUCCAUCGGCGCUGCGGCUUUUCGACGCGUCCGUUAUGCAUACCGACAGUAGCGAAUCUCCAGGCAAAAACAGGAGUCGUCACGUACCAGCAACCGCAAAGAGAGCCAAGAGAGUCGAAGGCUUGAAAAGCAUGACAACGGUGAAGAUCUGCAAAAGUCAAAUGUAUCCG